AAACAGUUUAUCUAAGUUAACAGCACUUACGUCUAGUUACAGGAUCCCCAGAGUGGAUGUAUGAAGAGUAAGCGUAAGUAACCCUCAAGUCUAAGCAUGUCCAUCCAAUCCAGAGCCGAAUAAUAGCAGCCAGUCCUUGGCCGCAUGAUGCACCCCCACCACCAUGCAGCAUCAGCUGCACAAGACGUAUCUGGUCAUCGGCAGUCCUGCAACGCUUCUUUGCUGUUUGUUUCUCUACUUGAAACCUCUCAUCUCGCAAAAAGUCACACAGCGAGAGAAAUAGAAAAAGGCCACUACCGCAAUCAUGUCAACCGCCGCCGCCGCCUCGUCCUCGUCGUCGGCCUCCCGCUCCCUCUCCCCGCGCCAGCCCACCUCCCCGCCGCCGUCCAUCGCAUCGCCGUCAACCACUCCGGCGCUCGCCCACGCUCCGGCGCCGGCACCGCCCCCGCCGUUCGCGCCGCUCCAGCCGACGCUCCCCUCGGCGGAGACGCAGCGGCAUGUGGCCGAGGCGCGGUCGGCCGUCGUGGCGACGCUGGAGAACAUGAUGGACUCGGAGCUGCAGUGGCGCGCGACGACGCUGCACGCCAACUCGGCCGUGCUGGGUCGUCAGGCCGCCGACGUCCAGCGCGCCACCGACGGCCUGCGCCGCGAGCGCGAGAAGCUCGCCCGCGAGGCCGACGCCGCCGCCCGCCGCCUCAAGGAGCUCGGCAACGUGCAGAACUGGGCCGAGGUGCUGGAGCGCGACUUUCUCGUCCUCGAGGAGACGGUGCGCCUGGCCAAUGGCGGGGGCAGCAGCUGCAGCUGUAGCGACUGCGGCAGCGGGAGCGAGACCGGGAGCGUCAUGAGCGACGACGACCACGGCGGCGACAGGAUGGACGUGGACGUGGGUAAGAAGCUGGAGGGCGCCCAUGACGAGCAUGGCGACCCGUCCAAGACGAGGGCUGACGAGGCCGAGAUGGCCAUCGACUCGGACGGCGCCACGGGGACGUGGUCUGAGGCGAGUCGCAGCUUGACGGAGCCGGCGUCCAGCACCGGCACGGGGAGAGGGGCCAAAGGCUCGGAUACCGCAUCGGUGUCGACGGCGUCAUGAGGAUGGGCAGCGGACCGACGAGCUCAACUGACGAACACGAGUGACUUGUAAAUGACGUGAGAAUGUGACGAUUACGGCCUUUGGACUGGUGUUGGGGAGUUACGGGUAUUAGCUUAGGGUGGUGGGACAUUCAUUUCCUGGGGGAACGACUCGGACCGUUGAUCAGAAUGCGAAUGAACA